UACACAUGUGUAUUUAGUGUUUUGUAUUAAAUUUGUUUAGUUUUAUUUCAAAUGACUAUGGAAGUGGUCGAAGAAGUUGUACAAAAUGAGGACACUUUUAAAAAGCAUAAAAUUAACGACGAGAAAUCCAGUGAUCAACCCAACAAAAAGACGAAAACAUUCUCAGCAAAGGAAUUCAGAAAACAACUAUCCGAAGGGGACAAAAUAUCAAGUAUAACACGUUUUCUGAGUUGUGUUAAAGGAAACAAGAAACACGAUUACUUAUAUGAAUACUUGGAAUGUGGAGGAAACUGUCAUGAACUGUUACAACAACUGGAACUAGAAGCCUCAUUAAAUCCUCUCGCUAUUUUCGAGCUAGUUACUCUUUUAUUAUUGCAAAUUAACUCAAAAUAUCCAAAUUACCAGAAUUCAGCAACAGAAGCAUGCAAAUAUAUAUUAAACACCCACAAUGGUCUAAUCAACAAGAUGAUUAAUUUGAGCUCCAGUACGGCAGAACGUAAAACAGUUCUUAGACUAUUAACAGCAAUUGCCACAAUGUCUUUAAACUUAGCACAAGAGGUUCUGGUGAAAGUUAAUUUUAAUCAAACGAACCUUGAACUGCUAACAAAACACACUGGACAAAAAGACAGUGUCAGAGAUGUUUUCAUACAUUUUCUGACUGGUUUUCUGGUGGAUGGACACUAUCCUAAUCUUCUAUUGUUGUUAAGAAAACGUGGUUUAUUGACAAGCAUUGUUAAAGAUUUGCAGUAUGAUAAUUGUGAGACUGUUUGUCUUGUUAUAACAGCAAUGAAAAGUCACAUUUUAGAAAACCCUAGUGUUUCAAAGACAGACAAAAUGAAGACAUUUAGCACACCUGUUAUUAGAGAUAUUGUUAAUUUGUACAAUUGGAAGGGACCAGCCAGUUUUAGGGCACAGAAGAAAGACACUUUACUGAAGGUGGAAGUUGAUCAAGUUGAGAAAUCGAAAGUCAGUGAAUCUGUGCACGAGUUCCUGAUGGUUCUAUGCACUUCACACAAGUUUGGUGUAAUUUUUCGGGAUCAUAUGAUGGGCUUAGGUCAAAAGAAUCAAAACACUUUAAUGUACACUGUUUUGGAAAGUUUGGAUAGGCCUUGGGAACAUUCAUAUGCAGGACAAUUAGUGACAAAAAUUUGUGGCUCAAGUCCAGAUUUGUCUAAAACAAUGUGGAAUACUUUAAAACCUUAUCUGGAACUUAGAGCCACUAGGAAAUGGUUAAAUUCAUUGAAUUUUGCAAAAAUACUUUUGUCUGAGCUUCAGCCUAAUUGUAUAGAUUUCUGUGCGUCAGAAUUAACAGCCUAUCAGCUCACACAAGUUAUAUCAUCUCUAGUUUUGCCUUUACCGAUCUUAAAGACCAUAAUACCUGAAAAUUUAACCUUUGAAAACCACGUUAUUAAACAAUAUGUCGUUUCUUUAUUGUUGGAGUUUUUGAAAUCGGCUCAAAAUUAUCUAAAUCACUCUGUUAACUGGUUUAAAUCGGUUUCUGGUAAAGAGGAUCAACAAAAGUUGAAAUCAUUUUUAUCCAGUUACAUAACAAAGAAUUUUCCUGACGCGUUUUUGCUUUUGGACAACUGGCAAUUAGAGGCGAAUUGCGAAGAAAUUGAAGUAAUUCAACCUGUUGAUUAUUUAAGUAACGUUUUAGAUAUACUACACAUUUAUAAAGAUAUUGCACCGCAAUUACUUGAAUCUUUGAACAACAAAGAUUUGGAUUUUAUUGAAUUUUUGUCUAAUUUAGAUAAUUUAGAAACCGACGUCGAUUUAAUCAAAAUUAAAUCGAUUAAUUUAUUUGUAGAUUUUGACAAUUCAAAAUUUUCACUUAAGUCCGACUUGUUUUCUUUCGUUGUGCCUUUACUAUUAAAAUUCUAUUGCAAAGACAACAACAGUAGUGCCUUAACAGUACUUAAUAAACUAUUUAAAUUAACAAACGUUUUCGAGGGUUGCGAGAAUGAAAUUAACAUUUGGUUAAACGGUGUUCUCGAUUUGAAAAAGUUUGACGACGACGUUGCGAACACUAUUGUCGAAGUGCUAAGACAAACUCAUGAUAAACUACCUGAAUAUUUGAACACAUUAAGUGCUCUGAGAGGUGACGAAGAAAACGUGAACAAUUUCAGCGAAAUUAUCGAAAAUUUGUGCCAUGAAAACACAGAAUCAUCGAAUAUUGACUGUAUAAAACAUACGUUUUUAAGUCCUAUGUUGUUGGGAUACUUAAAUCACUUACGUGAGAUAGAAUUAUCCAAGCAUUUAAAAAUAUAUACGCAAUUCGUUUUGUUCACAUUAUUUCAUUCGCAGACCCUUCCGACAACUUUUAAAAAUGUUAUGGAAAAAUUUACCGUCGCCGACAACAUUACCAAAUACGUUGAAGCUUGUUGCAACAAAGACAUUACCGUUUUCAAUAAACACAAAGGCAAAAUUGAUGUUUUUGAAAUUUUUUCCGAUUUGUUUUUGAACGGCGAUAUUACUGAAUUUGUCGCCAAUUCGGAUAAUCUUAAAUUGUAUCCCGAUCUAAUUUUGAACCUUUUGCAACUCGCGACCUUUCAAAUUUGCUCUCUCGGAAGUAGUACGAGUGAAAGUCAGGCGAAAAAUUUCGAAAUUCUCAUAGAUUACAUUAUAAAAAACGAAAAACUUGAACAUGAAAAUUAUAUAUUAACUGUAUUGGGUAAUCCGAAUUUGUUGAGGAAAUUCUCUUUGUCGCAUUUGAACAAAAACAUGCUUUCCAAAAUUUUGUUGUCGUGUGUAAAAAUGUUCAAAGAAGCAGAAAUCGAUGUGGAAAAAUAUUUGAAAACGUACAGGAAGAAACUCGUGCGAAUUCUAAAAAAGCCCCAUAAAUGUCAAGUUGAAAAUUUAACUGAUAUUUUAAAAACGUUCAAUCUUGACUUGCAACAAUGCGUCGAGUUGUUGAACAAAUAUUUUUCUGAAGAUUUUAACAAUUCAUCGAUGAUUGUUGAAGUUAGUGCUUAUUGUUUAGAACAAAUAACAUUUUUGAGCGAAAAUAACAAUGAAAUAAAUCCAUUACACGAGACACUUAUUACGAAUAUCAGUUUGUAUGUGGUGAAUUUAUUAAAAGAACAAAUUGAUGCUACUAAAAUCGUUAUGUCGUUUCAAAAUUACUUACAUAACUUUCCAUGCAGUCUAAAAUAUGUCAGUAAGAGUUUGUUUGAAAGUUUGUUAAACGUUUCUGAAUACAACAAGGAAAACGUUGAGUUAUCUAAGUUUUUGUUGAAGAAAAACCUCGAGUUUUUAAUGGUUAUCAAAGAAAAUCUUGAAAUAGUUUGUGAAAAGAAGUAUAUAAUUCUACCAUUGUUGCAAAUCAUCUGUGAGAACGUUAACGACGAAUUUAUUGAGAAAAUUUACGAAAAAUUCGAACCUAGUUUAAACAAGGCAUUGCUGAAGCCCCAAAAAGUGGGUCAACACUUUCUGAACAAUCCUGAAGGUUUAUACAGUUUGGUGAAAAAGUGCAUGACUGCGGAUAAAUGCGGCAUACACUUCGAAAAAGUUCAAAAAUACGACGUUUCUGAAGUGUUUCUCUCAUCUAUUUUGCAAGCGAUGAUCGAAAAUGUUGUCAAAGAAGGCGUUACUGAAAAACAAAUCAACAAUAUGAUUUUAACUUAUAUACACUUGCACAUGACGUUGUUCAAAAGGAAAACUAAAAACGACGAGGAUUCCAAAAAGUUAAAUCAGAUUUCCCUAAGUUUUCAAAGCAUUUUACAAAAAUUUUUGCGUGUUAAAUCAGAGUUCGAUUUCAAGACUGUGGCGCAGAAUGAAACGUUCAAAUUGUUCUGUAAGUUUUCAUUGAAAUUUGGUGUGUCUGGUAAUUCUAAUUUGUUGUCAAUUUUGACGAAUUUAUUGGAACUAUUGGAGAAAACAAUCGAAAAGGAUGAAGCCAGAACGUUGUUCGAACUCAUGGUGUCACACUCUGAAUUUCUGGAUUCGAUACUCGGCGACAAUUUGACUGUAAAAACAUAUUUACUGUCUGUAUUUACGGUAUUGUGCAAAAACUGGCCGGAAUUGAUGCAGAGGAACCACAUCCCGGUUUUAUUGAGCGCUUAUCAAGCGACUACGAAAUCCAGCGACAAAAUCAUCAUGGGACUUCUACAAAUGUACGAAAACAACGCAGAUCAGACGCAAUUCUACGAUUUCAAGCCGUUUCUGUGGAAUAGGGCAGCAGCAACUCAUUAUUCAAUAAGAUCAUCAAUCGAAAAUAAAUUGGCUCGUCAACCUAAAAUGGGAGAUGUCCUCGACAUUCUCCAGGACAACAUGGUGGAAAACACUAUCCAAAACUACGCCCUCGACACGAAAUUGCACAAUUCAACCCCUGUGAUCCAAACAGUUCUAGACGAACAAUGUUGUUAUGAUCUGUCGUUUUUGUUGCCGGUUUUCAGUCAGUUGUUGGCACCUGAAAAUCAAGUGCAGACUUAUAGGUUCACUAAAUCCGGAGCUUUGAGUCUUACCAUUAUAGGUCUUAGUUGUCAUGAUGAAGAAAUUAGAAAAGCAGCAUGUCAUGUUUUGGCACGUUUCCACUUGCACAUGGAGGCGAGACAGAGCGGCAAAGAUAAUCUGCUCUGGAUCAGGUUUAUUGAAGCCGUUUGUAAAGGUGCGGCCCUUUUGGAAGGUUUCCAGAUAAACAACUUCGCUGCGAUCUUUCUAGCAAGAAUGGCUUUAGUACUGACGCAACCGAACGAUGUAAUGUACGUGCCAAUGUCGCAAUAUUUGACGGCAAAACCCAAUUUAGACUUUAGCACCGUACCAGAAUUGUACACAUAUCUUCACAGCUCGGAUGUAAACUAUAAAGAGCACCGAAGGUUCGCUCUGGAAUUAUUGAGAGAUGGACUGAGGACUGAAAAAGAUUUUACCGAUUUUUCGAAAUCUAUGGCUUUGAAAUUGUUCUCUGAGUUGUAUAGCAGUUGUAUUUCUGAUAUUGAAACUAGAUUGUUGAUACUAGAUGUUUUUGUUAAUGCUUGUAAGUUACCGUUAGGCUGUAAGGUUUUGUGCGAGAGUCAUUCUUUGUUACCUCAGUUGCAUUUUAUGUUAAAGAAUGACUCUAGAAUAAAAUCACAUGAAAGAAAUCAAUUUGUCGAUAAGUUUGCAGACAUUUUGGCUCUAGUUGUUGCGAAUAUAAAGAACAAAUAUAACAACUCCCUCACUUUGGAAUUAUUGAUGAUGAUUGUACAAGAAAACAGUAGGAAAAAAGAUAAAAUUUUGGAAACUAUUUUAGAGAUUUACAACAGAUAUCCACAAAUAUUCCUAGAGGAACAUUUCGACCAAUUAUUAAAAAUCACAGACGAUAAAUGGUGUAAAUAUAUUAGGGAACACGGAUGUGAAUUUAUUUCAGAAAACGAUUUAUUAAAUGAUGAUUGUGUAAAAUGUUUAAGAAUACUUCUGUUCCGAAAAUAUAAAACCAGUUAAUUUUUA